GCCGCUUUCGUGCUGGGCGCCGCUGUGGCCGCCGGGCUCAGCCUCGUGUGCGCGCACUCAGGUACCAAUCUCCGCCCUCCGGGAUCUCCGCCUGGCCCCCAGUCUAUUCCAGCGCGUCGGCCUGCUCCGCCCUGAACAUCCCUAGACCGGCCUCCGCUACGCCCGCAGCAGCCUCCAGGGGUCGCCCUAGCUCCGGCCCUGCUCACCGCAACCCCUACUCCUCAGCUUCCCUCUCUUCUCCAGCGCCCCAACUCCACGGUCAGCCCCCGAGAGCCUCGCCCAGCGGCCCCCCGCCCAGGAGGCCCCAGUGAGGUAGAGAUGGAGAGCCCACAGCAGGAUCCGGAGACAAACCAGCCACGGCCUCGUAUUAGGCCCGCCAGUACCUGGGACUCAUGGGACUACAAUCGCUGCGCCCCGCCCUCCUUGCUUCUCCUCCCACCCUCCCACCUGGGCCCAAAAUAAACCUCUGGCCUGGACUGCGGCUUUCUGAAGUCCGCGCGUGCGCGUGCCGCGGGGGUGGGGAUUCCGGGCCGGAAGAGGUCCAGACUGGAGGGGAGGGGCUUUGAGGCGGGGCUCACACGCCCUUAUACACGUGUGCAAAUACCGCCCACGGGCAUUUUGCCCCUAACAAAAGGGAACACCCAAUCCUGACAGCUUAGCCUCGUCUCCUCCUCCAAACCUGCAUCAGCUCAUCGGCCUUCUCAAAACCUCUCCGCUCUCCACUCCCACGGCCCGGACCCUGCCCUUGCUAAGACCUCGAGCUCAAGUCUCUGCUUCAAGCUCCUCUCCGUCUAGCCUUAAGGUCCUUAAAUCCCUCCUGCCUGACCUCACCCUCCUCAGAGCAUAGACAAGGGCGGGAUUUUAGCUCCAUUUUACGGCUGAGGAAACUGAGGCUCGGCAAGGUCACAUCAUUUAAAUCACCAAUCUGGGCUAUCCGACCUCACAGCUGAGGUUCUUGGCUACAAAGCACAUAACAGGAGUUUCACAAGACUUAUUCCUGGAAUGGAGGGAAGGGAUGAGAUCUAAGGUCUCGGCUCCAGUUCACGAAUGAGACAGAAUGCGGGCGGUGGGGUCCUUAGCCUCAGUUAGAUACCAGUCCCCAUCGCUUCUGCUGUAGGCAGUUCCCUAACGGCCUGCAAACGCAGAACCACGCCCCCAUCCAAUUCUGCUUCCGCGCGGGGUCAUUUGGACCCAGAGGCCGCCGUAACCCCGCCCACCAAGGAAACACUCCGGAACGACGCCGACGCCCUCACCCGCCUCACCGGCAUGAAGCCACCGCAGCGGCGGCGAGCGAUCCCGAGGCGCUAUCUGGUUGAGGUGACUGGCCCCGCGGCCUGGAAAGCCAGCGAAAAGCGGCAGCUGUUACGACUACUGCAGGCGCGACAGGGCCAACCAGAACUGGACGCCGCCGAGCUGGCCCGAGAGUUGCCGGGCCGGAGCAAGACCGAGAUCGAGGACUUUCUCCGGCAGCUCAAGGGCCGAGUGGCCCGGAAGGCCAUUCAGAGGAUACAUCCAGGUGGCCCAAAGGGUCCAAGGCGCUGGGAAACACAGACCCCAGCCCCCAUCGAGGUGUGGAUCGAUCUGGCUGAGAAGAUAACAGGCCCACUGGAGGAGGCACUUACUGUGGCUUUCUCACAGGCGCUCGGCAUCGCUGCCACGGAGCCCAUCAACCUCCUGCACUCGGUGCCCUCCAAGCCCACGCAGGCUUGCGGGAAACUACUGCCCCUCAGCGCCCCUGGAGGACAGGAGGACCUGGGUCCUGAGGCUUCCAGCCCCGCCCCCAAGGCCUCCGGAGGGCAUGAGGUUCCUGGCUCCACCCCCAAGACGCAAGGCCCUGUUCCUGAGGCAUCCUCCGAGUCCCUGACUGGCCAGUCUGCUGAGGGAGACUUUUCUGUGGACUUCGAGAAGAUCUACACGUACCUGUCAUCCGUCUCCCGCGGUGGCCAGGUCCCUGAGCUUUCCGCAGCUGAGUCCGCUGUGGUCCUUGACCUGCUCAUGGCGCUUCCUGAGGAGUUGUCCCGUCUGCCCUGCGCCACCCUGGUUGAACACAUGUCGGGUAUGUACCGACAUCUGACGGCCCCUCAGCGUGACCUUGCCAGUGGGGGCCUGGCGUCCAGAACUGAGGAUAGCGGGGCAGGUUCCAGGGGUCAGGAGGAGACUGGCCAGGCCACCCCUCAGGCCCCCGAGAAUGCUGGCUCCAGCCAGCCCAUAACCUCUUGGCAAGCGGCUGGGGUGUGCCCCCUGAACCCGUUCCUGGUACCCUUGGAGCUUCUGGGCCAGGUGGCAAGGUAGGGGCCUGGCAGGCAGGGGAUACUCCAGACCUCGGUGAGCCCCCAGACCCUCAAUCCUGCUUGGUCUGGCCCUGGGUUGUCAUGAGGCCCUUGCCACAGUGGAAGGUCCCUGAGGCAAUGUGCAGUGGCCUUAACAUGCUUGAUACAGUGGGGGUCUCAGAGACGGAAGCCCAAUUGUACAAGGAGAGGUUCAGCCAUACAACUGGCUAGGCUAACACCACCAUCAAAUAUUUCCCCUACUGGUUCCUCAUCCCCUUCCGAAGCUCAGUAUCCCGUGUCCUGUAAUGGUGAAUAAAGUUCUUGUCAACCCCCCUGA